ACAUUCACACACCAUAGUCCAUAGAUUUUUAUUUACUAUGUAGUAAUCUUUUUCUGCUUUGCUCAAUAUUUUGCUUGUUUGGUUUUGGGAAAUUAGUUGCAUUUUCAAAUUCUGAGAAAAAAGAUGUCAUGGUUUAUUUAUCCUUUGGAAAGAAGAUGAGUGAUCUAGGUCAAGGUUACAACAUCCUGAGACUUUCUCAGGGAAAAUUUCUUGGUAGAGGAGCUGUGGAAUUUUGUGAUGGACCCACCUUAGUAAUCAAAGUGGAAAGAGAAUAAAAUCAACGGCCAAAAGGUUAGAUGCAGAGAAGUUUUACGUGACGGACAAGAGAGGAUUUUAGCUUAAUUACCUUUGCCAGCAAAGCAAAUAAACGCCAUCGACUGUUUAUCACACACCAUAGUCCAUAGAGUUUUAUCUGCUUGCUAUGUAGUAAUCUUUUUCUGACAACGAUUGACGGCGUGAGGAUAGUUUCCAAGGAAGCAAACAGAAUAUCCGUUUUUGAUAGUUUCCAAAAGGAAGGAAAGGAGUGCAGAGUCCAGCGUGAGCGUGGUAAAAAAGAAUGGCAAUUGGCAAGUUCCACGUUGGUGGGCCCGGACUUGUGCUGCUAUAAAUCAUCGAUUCCAUCACACUCGCAAACAUACCCUCAAUCUUCCUUUCAAAUGCCUAACGUCAGACUACUGUUCGCGCUUGCGCUAUUCUUCGCCGGAGCACAAUCUGUUCCAUUCAUCGUUUUGCAUGGUAUUGGAGAUGCAUGCAAACAUUCGGGCAUUAGAAACUUUAUUAAGGAACUAAGCAAGUGGUCUGGUUCACCAGGAUACUGCUUAGAAAUUGGAAAUGGAUCCUGGGAUUCUUGGACUAAGCCUCUAUUAAAACAGACAUCUAUUGCCUGUGAGAAGGUAAAGAAGAUGAGUGAUCUAGGUCAGGGUUACAACAUUGUGGGACUUUCUCAGGGCAAAGAUGUGGGCAACACAGCCAUAAACAGGAUCUCUGAUCCUUGAUUGUGCUUCAUAACAAAUGGUGAUGACCGUAUCAAGCCUCCUAUGCACUGGAAUGCUAAGAAGGAGCUUGGACACAUUGCUGGCCCCAAAAACCUUGUGCACCGCAGCAAAAUGGCUUGUACCUUGCUCCGAAUCAAAGUACGGAGCAAAGAUACAACCCGAAACACACUUUCUCCUUAAGAACUUGCAAGCUCCACAAGGGCUACCAGUACCACUACUACUACCACCACCACCACCUCCGUUACCACUACUCA